CCCGUUUCAAAAAUGGCGGCCGCCAUCAGCGUCAACCGUCGGAAUUUAAACGGACGGGGUGGCGGGAGAGGGAACUAGUGAAGGAGGAACAGUGAGUGAGGAAACAAACAAGGAGUAGGAGGGAGGAGAGGAGUAAAGGGAGUGGGAAGGUUGUAGUGAAAGUGAGGGAGGAAUAGGGGAGUUGGGAGGGGAAUAUAGGAGCGGGGGAGGGAGAAAAUAAGUAGAGGGACGAAUAAAGGAGGAGAGAAAUAAUAGGGGAGGUGAAUAAAGGAUAGGGAGUGAAUGGGAAAGGGAGAAUAAAGGUUAAGGGAGGGAGAGGCAGGGCAACUAUGGGUAGCCUGGGAAGCCGGUUGUCGAUGGGCCGAGCUGCCACCACUGACUGUGUAUGCCAGCGGAGGAAGCGUACACGGCCCGACUGCGACUGUUGGGAGAACGAAGACGAGGAAACGAGUGCCCCGCGCAGAAAGAAGCUGAAAAGUACUUCGAAGUAUAUUUAUCAGACUCUUUUCCUCGCUGGAGAAAACAGUGAUAUUACCAUCUGUGCCCUGGGACAAGAAUGGCACCUACAUAAAAUAUAUCUGUGUCAGUCUGGUUACUUUUCAAGUAUGUUCAGCGGAUCAUGGAAGGAAUCAAAUAUGAACUAUAUAGAACUCGAGAUCCCAGAUCAGAACAUCGACUCUGAAGCACUACAAGUGACAUUUGGCUCAUUGUACAGAGACGAUGUGUUAAUUCAACCCAGUCGGGUGGUAACAAUUCUGGCAGCAGCCUGUAUGCUACAGCUGGACAGUUUGAUUCAACAAUGUGGUGAAACUAUGAAGGAAACAAUCAGCUCCAAAACUGUUUGUGGCUUCUAUGCAGCAGCUGAGACUUAUGGCUUGGAUUCAGUAAUGCAGAAAUGUCUUGAGUGGCUUUUGAACAAUCUCAUGACUCACCAAAGUGUUGAACUCCUGAAAGAACUGAGCAUAGAUCUGAUGGAGAAGCUGGUGAGCUCUCCAGACCUGUUUGUAAUGCAGGUGGAGAUGGAUGUAUAUACUGCACUAAAGAAGUGGAUGUUCCUGAAAUUAGUGCCCUCCUGGAAUGGAUCCCUGAAACAGUUAUUAACUGAUGCAGAUGCCUGGUUUUCAAAGCACAGAGAAGAAAACUGCAGUUACAAGAGCUUCCUGGAAACAGAACAAGGACAAAAGUUUGCAAUAGUGUUUUCUCACAUCCGGCUGCAAUACAUCAUCAACGAUCUGACAUCUGCUAAAAUUAUUCAGCGGGACAUGAUUAUGUCUUCAGACUGGCUUGCCGCCGUAUACAAGCAGCAGUGGUUUGCAAUGCUGAGGACUGAGCAAGACAAUGACCUUGGGCCAAGGGAAAUAAACAAGGAAGUGUUUGAAAUGCACAGCAUGCGAUGCGGAAGAAAACUGGCCAAAGAUGGUGAUUACUGCUGGCGGUGGACUGGUUUCAGCUUUGGGUUUGACCUGCUAGUUACCUAUACAAAUCGGUUUAUCAUAUUCAAGAGGAACACCCUGAGCCAGUCCUGCAGUGGCACCGUGAGUCUGCUACCUCGCAGAAACAUAGCCUACAGAUUAAGACUGGCGUCAUUUGACAGCAAUGGGAAAGUGAUCUGUAGCCGCUCAGCAGGUUACCAGAUUCUGUCACUGGAGAAAGACCAGGAACAGAUUGUGUUGAAUCUGGACAGCAGACUUCUGAUGUUCCCACUCUACAUUUGCUGCAAUUUCCUUUAUACUUCACCAGAGACAAAACCUGAGAUUGACGAUCAGCCACCAAACAGUGAAAGCUGAAAAAGAGAUGACACUGUUGUCUCUGCCCAAGAGAUGAAUCACACUUCUCCAGGAGUAGCUCUUGGUCAUUUUAACCAUUUCUGGGGACAGAAUAUGUACCUGUUCAUUACACCAGUCUGGGGUACUACACAUAAAGGAAUAAAAAAAAUUAAAACUUCACAAGUACAAAAUGGAAAAAAACUGCUGCAUCUACCUUUCUCGCUUUGCAUUUUGUCUCAGAGAAACAGUGGUGUUCUGGAACUGUAAGCUUGAAAUAUUCAGUUACAAAUGUUUUAGAUGGGAUAAACAUGCUCCAAACCAAAUUGUUCUUGCUUCCCUAAUUUCAGGCUGCUAUGUACUGUACAACUGAUUUUGAAGAGUAAUCAAGCAAGUAGCCAGGUCUGUAUGAGCAGUUGCUAUCCAAAGCGACAAAAACCUCGAACAGUAAUGCAGACUUACCUUCUCCCUUUUCCCAGGAUAUAUAUUCGAUAUUCAGGCAAUGCUGCUGUUAUGGAGCAUGGAAAUGGGUUCUUAAGCCUAACAUCCAUGUUGACCAAGGUACCUACCUGAGUUAGUUCCAUUUCCCUGUAUUUGGCCCGUAUCCAUUUAAACUUUCCUCUUCUUGUAUCUGUCCAAAUGUCUUUUAAGUGUUGGAAUUGUACAUGCCUCUGCCAUGUAUUCUUCCACCAUAUUUUGUGUAAAAAAGUUGCCUUUCAGAUCUUCUUUAAAAUUGUCCCCUCUCACCUUAGAUAUUUACCCUCUAGUUUUAGACUCCUCUAUCCUGGGAAAAAGAGUUUGGCCAUCCACUUUAUCUAUGCCCCAAGUUUAGAAGUAUUUUCUGUAAGUUUUAGUUAAUGAGUCAAAUUAGAGCAUGAGGUAUUAACUAACCAGAGGUUCCAGACUCAGAUAUGGGGCCUGACUGAUCUCUCCUCAUCUCGUCCUGGGGACAGGGAUCAUUCUGUGAUAUCUGCAUACCUAAGCAUGUCUGGUACAAGACUGUUAAUGGUGUUGCAGAGGAGACCAGAAUAGUUUGCUUGUGAAACUUUAAAGCAGAAACAGAACAGCAAGAACAAACAUUCGGACAGCUCUUCUUUGUCCCAACCUAAAGAACCAACAACCGAACUGCUUUCCUUCCUCCCCAUCCCAAAGGACAAACAAUCAAACACCUCUCGUUCUUCCCCAUCGCAAAGAAAAUAAACAAAAAUAAACAACCAUACAGCCCUCAUUCCUCCCCAUCCCAAAGAACCAGCAACCAAACGUCUCUCUUUACUCCUCAUUCCAAAGAGCAAGCAACCAAAUAGCUCUCCUUCCUCUCAACCCAAACAAAACAGAUCAUUAAGAAACAUUCAGCUUGUGCCUUUUCAAACUGGACUUUUAGCUGCUAGAACAAUUAUACCCUCAGCAGGUAGGAAACUGUAAAAACUGUCUGUCACAAUACAGCAGUUUUACCUAUUAGCAAAUCUAAAGGUAGUCUAGUUAACCUUGCUUCACUUAAAACUGAAUUAUUGCUUGUCCUAUUUGGAAUCUGAAUUCCUGUUUGAAUGAGAAAUGGAGGAGUAGAUAGAGAGCCAAAUGUUUCAUUCUUUGAUGGUGUAUCAUGUUUUGCAGUGUUAAAUGUGGAAUUCCUACUUUGCACCUACGUGAAACACUGCAUUUGGCAAUCAUUAAAUAUGUCAACCAAACAAAAAAAAUGCAGAUGCUGAAAAUCUGAAAUAAAACCUGAAAAUGCUUUUCACCACAAAUGCAUAACAGUUAGACAAUAGACAAUAGGUGCAGAAGUAGACCAUUCGGCCCCUCGAGUCUGCACCGCCAUUCUGAGAUCAUGGCUGAUCAUUCACUAUCAAUACCCAGUCCCUGCCUUGUCCCCAUAUCCCUUGAUUCCCCUAUCCAUCAGAUAUCUAUCUAGCUCCUUCUUGAAAGCAUCCAGAGAAUCGGCCUCCACCGUCUUCCGAGGCAGUGCAUUCCACACCUCCACAACUCUCUGGGAGAAGAAGCUCUUCCUCAACUCUGUUUUAAAUAACUGACCUCUUAUUCUCAAUCCAUGCCCUCUGGUACUGGACACUCCCAACAUCUGGAACAUAUUUCCUGCCUCAAUCCUAUCAAAUCCUUUAAUUAUCUUAAACGUUUCAAUCAGAUCCCCUCUCAAUCUCCUCAAUUCCAGCGAGUACAAGCCCAAUCUCUCCAAUCUCUCUGCGUAAGACAGCCCUGUCAUCCCAGGAAUCAACCUAGUGAAUCUACGCUGCACUUCCUCAAUUGCCAGAAUGUCCUUCCUUAAACCUGGAGACCAAAACUGUACACAAUAUUCCAGGUGUGGUCUCACCAGGGCCCUGUACAAAUGCAAAAGGACAUCCUUGCUCUUGUACUCAAUUCCCCUUGUAACACAGGCCAACAUUCCACUUGCCCUCUUCACUGCCUGUUGCACUUGCUCAUUCACCUUCAUUGACUGGUGAACUAGGACUCCUAGGUCUCUUUGCAUUUCUCCCUUACCUAACUCUACACCGUUCAGACAAUACUCUGCCCUCUUGUUCCUGCUUCCAAAGUGGAUAACUUCACAUUUAUUCACAUUGAAUGACAUCUGCCAAGUAUCUGCCCACUCACCUAGCCUAACCAAGUCUCCCUGUAUUCUCCUAACGUCCUCUUCGCAUGUCACACUACCACCCAGUUUAGUAUCAUCAGCAAACUUGCUGAUAUAGUUUUCAAUGCCCUCAUCUAAAUCGUUGACAUAAAUCGUAAAGAGCUGUGGUCCCAAUACAGAGCCCUGUGGUACCCCACUAGUCACCUCCAGCCAGUCCAAGAAACACCCAUUCACUGCUUUCUAUCUGCCAACCAGUUUUCUAUCCAUGUUUACUCACCAAUCUCCUAUGUGGCACCUUAUCGAAUGCCUUCUGAAAAUCUAGGUACACAACAUCCACUGACUUACCCUCGUCUAACAUCCUUGUUACACCCUCAAAAAACUCCAACAGAUUAGUCAAGCAUGAUUUGCCCUUGGUAAAUCCAUGCUGGCUCAGCCUAAUCCUAUUACUGCCAUCAAGAUGUGCCACUAUUUCGUCCUUAAUAAUGGACUCAAGCAUCUUCCCCACGACUGACGUUAGUUCUCCGUUUUCUCCUUCCCUCCCUUCUUGAAAAGUGGGAUAACAUUAGCCACUCUCCAAUCUUCAGGAACUGAUCCUGAAUCUAAGGAACAUUGGAAAAUGAUUACCAAUGCAUCCGCAAUUUCCUGAGCCACCUCUUUUAGAACCCUCGGAUGCAGACCAUCUGGACCCGGGGAUUUAUUAGCCUUCAGUCCUACCAAUCUACUCAUCACAGUUUCUUUCCUAAUGUCAAUCUGUCUCAAUUCCUCUGAUAUCUUAUGACCGUGGCCCAUCCAUACAUCUGGGAGAUUGCUUGCGUCCUCCCUGGUGAAGACAGAUCUAAAGUACGCAUUAAAUUCUGUUGCCAUUUCCCUGUUUCCCAUAACAAUUUCUCCCAAUUCAUUCUUCAAGGGGCCAACAUUGUUCUUAACUAUCUUCUUUCUCUUCACAUAGCUAAAAAAGCUUUUGCUAUCCCCUUUUAUAUUCCUGGCUAGACUGAGCUCAUACCUGAUUUUUUCUCUCCGUAUUGCUUUUUUAGUUAAGAUCUGCUGUUCCUUAAAACUUUCCCAAUCAUCUGUAUUCCCACUCAUCUUAGCCCUGUCAUACUUCUUUUUCUUUAAUGCUAUACAAUCUCUGACUUCCUUUGUCAACCACUGUGGCCCCUUCCCCCUCUUUGAAUCCUUCCUUCUCAUUGGAAUGAACUGCUUUUGCAUCUUUUUGUAUUAUCCCCAAGAAUAUCUGCCACUGCUGAUUCACUGUCUUUCCUGCCAGGGCAUCCGCCCAUUUAACUUUGGCCAGCUCUUCCCUCAUGGCUCCGUAGUCUCCUUUAUUUAAUUGCAACACUGAUACCUCUGAUCUGCCCUUAUCCCUCUCAAAUUGUAGAAAAAAACUUAUCAUGUUAUGAUCACUACUUCCUAAUGGCUCCUUUACUUCAAGAUCACUUAUCAAUUCCUGUUCAUUACACAUCACCAAGUCCAAAAUAGCCUCGUUCCUGGUUGGCUCAAGCACAAGCUGUUCCAAAAAUACAUCCCUUAGUCACUCCACAAACUCCCUACCCUGGGGUCCAGCACCUACCUGAUUCUCCCAGUUCACCUGCAUGUUGAAAUCUCCCAUAACGACUGCAUUACCUUUAGCACAUGCCAAAGUUAACUCCCUAAUCAACUUGAGCUUAUUGACUUAACUUGAGUUAGCUUGAGAUGUUCUGGAGAUCAGAGUUCAAUUCUGGCACCUUACUGUAAGGACUCUGUACAUCCUGCCCAUGGGAUGUGUGGUUUCUUCCCACAGUCCAAAGAUGUAUUGAAUAGGUUAAUUGGUUAUUGUAAAUUGUCCCAUGAUUAGAUUAGGGUUAAUUAGAUUUGUCAGGUGUUGCUAGGUUGGCAUGGCUCGCAGGACCAGAAGAGCCUACUCCAUGCUGUAUUGCUAAAUAAAUAAAUACUCAGCAAAUUAGGCAGCAUCUGUGGAGGAAUUUCAGAAAGAUUCACUUUCUUCCUCAACAGCUGCCAUCUGCUGAGUAUUUUCAGCUUGCUGUUUUUUACACCAAUAAUUAUUAUUUUUCCUAAUGAAAGGAUAUGUGUCAGUAAUCUAUCUUGAGAAAUAGAUACGCAAGUUCAUCUUUUGGUACCCACUGUCAUGGCCACAUUGCCGUAAUCUCACUUUAUAAUCACAAGAGCCCCAGCACUUGAAGGAGUUAAACCUCUGCAGUGUGGAACAACACUGCCAAUCUGAGACAGCCUCCAACCGCAAGCUGAAACUUCGAGCUACACAGACAAACUGCUGGAAGAACUCAAGGCCAGGCAGCAUUUAUGGAAAAGAAUAUAGUUAAUGUUUUGGGCUGAGACCCUUUAUCAACUGAUGCUGCCUGUCCUGCUGAGUUCCUUCAGCAUUUUGUGUAUGUUGCUUAGAUUUCCAUCAUCCACAGAUUUUCUCUUAAUUGUGAUUGGAACUUGAAGCUCCUCACUUCCUGGUACUCUGUAGCCUCAGUAUGUUUAAUUUAGUAGCAUAGGUUGUAAGUGUUCGCCCUUCUAAGGAAGGGCCCUGAUUUUACUGCAGCUUGUACUUAUAACCAUAUAACAAUUACAGCAUGGAAACAGGCCAUCUCGGCCCUUCUAGUCCGUGCCGAACAUUUACUCUCACCUAGUCCCACCUACCUGCACUCAGCCCACAACCCUCCAUUCCUUUCCUGUCCAUAUACCUAUCCAAUUUUUUUUUAAAUGACAAAAUCGAACCUGCCUCUACCACUUCUACUGGAAGCUUGUUCCACACAGCUACCUCUCUCUGAAGUUCCCCCUCGUGUUAUCCCUGAACUUUCGCCCUUUAAUUCUCAACUCAUGUCCUCUUGUUUGAAUCUCCCUGACUCUCAAUGGAAAAAGCCUAUCCACUCAACUCUGUCUAUCCCCCUCAUAAUUUUAAAUACCUCUAUCAAGUCCCCCCUCAACCUUCUAUGCACCUUGAAGUGAGGAAAACAUCAUAAGUUCUUUCAAGGCAAAAUCAUUAAAUAAAACUUUGUUCCAAGCCACAGAAUUAUUAAGACCCAGUAGUGCACUUCAGCCCUAAUCACUGGAUGUGUAAUAAAGUUUUUCCUCGUGUAAUUUUUGAUUCUUCAGCCCAUUACUUCAAUUUUAUUUUAAUCUUUCUGCUAAUGAGACCAGUUUCUCUUUCACUGUACUGAUUCAAUAGCUUUUAUGAUCUUAAACACUUUGAUCUGAACUUCGUGUGACUGCUGUUCCAAGCGGAACAAACUCAACAUUUCCAGUUUCUCCACAGAAGUCUGUUAUCACUAAAAAUGUUUAGAAGAUCUCUUCUGUAUCUUCCCAAAUGUCAUUACUACUACAAUUGUGGCCAGUCAGUUUUUCAUGAAGAUACAUCAUAACUUUCUUUGCCUGAAUUUAUAAAAACCAAGAUCCCAUUUGCUUUCCCACUGAUGAAAUCCAAGCCCCUAUGCUGCCACUUUCAAUAAACUGUGCAUAUACUGUACAUCCUCAGAUCUCUUCUGCCUCUUUUAGUUUUUAUUGGCUUUACACAUUCUUCCAUUCAAAAUUUAAUACUUGUAAUUUCUUAGCAUUAAAUUUCAUCAGCCAGAUAGCCACAUGUUCUACAGGCUUCUACACAUAUUGUUCUCACUUCACCAGAUGUUUUAUGUUAUUGCAAAUUUGGAUAUUGUAUUCUAUAUGCACAAGUUCAAGUUAUUAAUGAUCUUUUAAGGAAAGGCAAUGGUCCCUGUAUCCAUCCUUAGAUAAUUCUGCCGUUUGCUUCUUUCUGAUCUAAGAAACAGUUUCACUACUUUUUAUAUUCCUUUACUGAGCCAAUUUUCUAUCCUUGCUGUUACAGCCCUUUUUCAUUCGAUAGUCUUCAGUUUUGAUCACCAGACUUUUGGAAGUUCAAUCCAUGUUGUCUUUCUCUAACCAACACACUCUCGUCAAUGUAACUCCUCAUUCUGUCUCAGAUUGAUCUUAGGGAGGGUAGGCAUACAGCAAGGUUCAUCAAACAGAAAUGUGAUAACACCGUGUCCUCAAGAUCCUUUCUCUGCCUCAUCUUCAAGUAUUUCCAUAGCUGAUGAGGAUAUUGUUCUGGAUUAUAUUUAAUGCUCAGUUAAUGUCAUUAAAUUAAAGUUUAACAGGUAUUUAUCUA